AUGAAGGUUCUAUUUGCUCUUGCUACCUUUGCUGUGAAUACAAAGGCGUUGAUCAGCCGUGGCAGUAGCUGCUGCUUUCAUCUGAACAGUGGUUCCAGCUCCGUUGGUCAACUCAGCGAUGGGCAAAACCGCCUUGAUGAUAGUAGUCUAACACCUGCAGAAUUCUGUCUAAGCUCAGAUGGCACAAUUACCGAUGCCCAUGGCCGUGGUUGUAUCCUCACACCACCCACCACCCAGUUCCAGUGUGACGAGGGCGCCACUCCAACCUCGGGCUUCUCAAUCAACUCAUCUGGAGAGCUUGAAUUUAAUAAUAAUCCAGACUUUGUUGCCUGUCAGGCUGACGCAAGUGGAGCUCUCAACAUCUACACAACUGAGAGCAGCGCCGUGACUCAUUGCUCAACUGUCACCUUGACAGCAGACUCCUGUGCCAGCUCUAGCUCUGGAUCAAGCACUAGAACCACCUGUGGAACAACCCUGAUAUCUGGAAGCUUUGAAUUCCCUCACUUGAUUAUUCCAAUAAAUUCUGCCUCUCCAGACACAGCCAGUGGUACCUCUUUCAAUGGAGAGGUGACUUCCACAAUCUCCAGCAUCUUCAACUUCGAUAUCCCACCCUCGGAUUCUGGCAAGACCUGCAGCUUAGUCUUCCUGUUCCCCGAGAAAGCCGAUCUCCAGACCUCUAGCUUCACGUUUAGCGGUGAUGGCAAAGUCAAUUUUUCAGAGCUCUCUAAGGCUGCCUCCAGCUCAACCACAUUUAGCAACGCUCCAUUUGUCUCUAACAAUAUAGGUGACGUGACUAUCUCGCCGGGCCACUCAUAUGUCAUUUCAACAUUCUCAUGUCCUGCUGGACAGGCUAUUGCCUUUGAAAUGAAGAAUGCCGGUACCACUAAUCUCGAUUACUUCCAAGACUUCAACCCAUCCCCGUGA